AUGUCUCCCACUCUCAACGUCACCCACAUCGGCACAGCCACUGCCAUCCUCGAAAUCAAUGGAGUAAAAUUCCUUACCGACCCCUUCUUCUCUCCCGCCGGCACUGCCUGGGACAGGGGCGUCAUAGUCCUCAAAGUCACUGACGACCCGGCCCUCCGCCUGGACCAACUCCCCAUCAUCGACGCUAUCCUGCUCAGCCACGAAGACCACCCAGACAACCUCGACGAACUCGGUCGACAGCUCCUAGACGGCCGCCGCGUCUACACGACCCCCGACGGCGCAAAGAACCUUGCUCCCCGCCCAGCCGUCCACGGAAUGGAACCCUGGACGGAUCUGGAGCAUCCCAUCAGCGGCAAGAAAUUCAAGAUCAUUGCAACACCAACCAAGCAUGUCCCAGGGAAUGAAUGCACAGGCUUCAUUAUUACCGGCGAAGACUUCGGCACUGGCCGCGACGGCCUCCCCAACGCAAUAUACUUCACUGGGGAUACAGUGUACAUCGAGGAACUAGAGGCCAUUGCGGAUCGGUACCAUGUGUGUGCGGCGGUGAUGAACCUGGGCAAUGCGCAUGCGCCUAUUGGGCCGGACCCUAAUAACCCGAUGGUCCAGAUUACGAUGGGUGGCAAGGAUGGGGCGAGGCUGUUCCGGGCUUUGAAGGCUGAUGUGCUUGUUCCGAUGCACUAUGAGUCGUGGGGACACUUUACGCAGUUUGGAGAGGAGCUGAAGCAGGCGUUUGAGGAGGAGGGGAUUAGUGAUAAGGUGUGUUGGUUGAAGGGGGGUGAGGCGGUUUCUGUUCUUUGA